GACACGAGCAACGACGACGACGACCACGAUCUCGCCCAUCGUAAUCGUCUGUCGUUCUCUGCAUUUGCAGAACGAAGAAAAAAGUCUUCUGAAUUUUCUAAUGAAAUUUUCGCUAACUUUUCUCGUUCGAAAAUGAUCGAAAAAUGCCCGUAUGCGUAGCGCCAGUCGCGAACUUGAAAUUGAGCGUAGAAUUUUCGCAUUAGCAUCCGUUUCGGUGGGAUAAAAAGUAGUUUGUAAAGUGGAAGUUUUCUGCUUGGAAUGAAGCAAGACCGUCAUUUGCCACAGCGAGUGUGAGCCAUCACGGGAACACUCUGGAAUAAAUUUAAACGAAAACGAAGCAAGUGUUACGGCAGUGCGUGUGGAAACUCGUUGUUACGUAUAAAAACAUCGGAACCGUUCCGGUUUCUCGUGGUGAAAACACCCUGCACGAAAGAUAGUGACAGAAUUAAACUUCCGGAAGGUAGCAAGCAGCUUUGUGGUGAUAUCAGUGUAGAAAACAGUGCUGCUUUAAUUGUGUAGACCUCAGUCCAAAACGUAAACAGUUCCGCAAAUGUUCCGGUGGUUUUCCAGAGAACCUUGUAGCAUUUGCGGAUUUGUAAUCGUGUGGCUAACAAUGAUUACUGACUGAAUACACAACCUAGAAGGAUAUCCAAAUACUAGUGAAAGUGAUAACAAAACACAACUCCAUAUGCGUAGCAUAAUGAGCUAUUACUGAUAUCAAAUAUUCGGUAAACAUAUUCACUCAGAACAGAUUAUAUCAGUUUCAUCGAAGUGUAAUCUGAUCACCAAAGUAGUUUAGUACAAACAAAUUAGAGAACAUCUACAAAGUGGGGUUUAGUUUAAAAAAAAACAAUAUUUCGACUACCCGAACUAGUCCUUACUUUCGGUCUUUGAAUUGAACACUUUUUGGAACAUGGAUCGCGACCGGGAACGUGAUCGAAGUCCGAAACGGUCGAAGCACGCGAAGAAACGUUCGAAAAAGAGCAAAAAAUCCAAAAAGCGGCGGCAUGCUUCUAGCGAUGAAGAACCGUCCUCCUCGGAUGACAGACGGAGUAAAGCUCACCGCAAAAGUGGUGAUAGUGGUGGACGAAGUAGUACCGGUAACGGCGGAGGUCACGGAUCAUCCAAGGGAAUCGUCGAGUAUUCCGAUGUAAGUUCGGAAGAUUUCUCUGCACCGGAAGCAGGCGAGAUUGAAACCGAUGGCAGUGUCUCACCCUUCGCCGGCCCCGCUGGGAAUGAAUCUAGCAGUAAUAUCAGUAGAAUUAUCAGUAAUAAUGAGAAGAGUGCCGCGGCGACCGUUAGAUUAUACAGUAAAAAUUCCGCUCUAAUUCAGCAUGAUCGGCUCGUGAGUGUACCACCCUCCUCGCUUCCCCUUUCGUCAUCGGCUUCGAUUGUGGCCGCUGAAACCAGUGUAGUCACGAGCAUAGUACCAACCACAGUUGCAUCGUUAACCGAUACUAUAUCGCAAGCUGGCACUCCGACCGGUUCCGUUACCAUCACGGAGAGUGGGCGAAGGGUAAGCAUCACUGCCACGUCGCCAAUAAGCCAAUCGUCGCAUUCGCACCCUUUCCGGUCGAAACGUAAAAACUCUAUAUCACCCGAUACUUCCCCUAUGAAACAGGCAUCGAUGCGACAUCAUCAUCUUCAUUUAGAACCGCCCGCUUCGCCAACAGAGGAAGUCGAACCGGACCCGGAGCUGAUGGAUGAGGAGCUGGUUGACGAGGAGGAAGAGUACGAAAUCGUCGAAGAAGAAGAGGAGGAGGAAGAGGAAACGGUUGGUCGGAAACGAAAGAAGAGCAAAAAAGAUAAAAAGCACAAAAAGAACAAAAAAUCCAAAAAACGUAAGAAAAAACGGGCCAAAUCGAUUUCCAGCGUUGAGACCAUCUCGGAGAGUGAAGAUUCUUUGCUGGAGUGCAUGGAAUCUCUGACGCCACCGCUCAAAGAAUCCCCCGACUACGAGAAAACCUACACUCCAGCACGAAACGAUGAUAGUUUAACUCCACUUUCGCCAGGGUCCGGCAGACUCUUCAAUAAGUUGAAUUUUAUUCUGUCUGGCCUAGGAGCAUUUAUUCCGCAAAACAGGAGUGCAAUUGGGAAUUCCAUCAUCGAAAAAGGAACCCCUCCCAUCCGGCCAUCCAGUCAUUUGAUCAACAGCCCCUAUGGGGAUUCGUCCCGAGGGCGGAGCCCGCAUUCGGGUCGAAUAGUUACCACCACCCGGAAGCUGUACCAAUCGACGUCAUCACCUCACACCCCUCCAGUCGCUAUGAAAAAGAGUUCGACUUCCUACCAACAGCAUCAACAGCAAAUGCUGCAUUGCAGCCCCAUUGCUAUCAACGACAGUCCAACGCCCCGUGCAGUAACCCGCUAUCGACACAGUCCAUCAUCCAACAGGCAUGCAUCGAAUCGUCGAACGCCAAGUCCAAAUGGUAGGCACAAACCUUACACUCCACCGCCUUCGAAAAGGCGGAGGGAAAGAUCUCCUUCGGAAAAAGAUUACUAUCGGAAGGACAAACGGUACUCGUGGCGGGAACCGGAUUGGACUCAGCACGAUCGGCGCGGUGAACAAAGCCGAAGAAGUAACACUCCGCUUCCCGUACAUCGUCGAAGACCUUCAAUGGCCAAAUCGCGAUCUCGCAAGAGUUACUACAACAGCUCAUCGCCCGAUCGAAGUCGAAGUCGUGCUCGAUCGAGGCAUCAUUCGCGAAGUCCUCGACGCUCGUCCCCAGGCAACCGGCGUUAUUCAAGCGAUAGUCGGUCACGUUCUCCCUCAGAUCUGUCAGUAUCGAAAAAAUUCGACAUCAAGCAAAAAAUCACCGAUACCAGCUUCUUUGCGGAACUGAUCAAAGACAAACAUAAGCGACUGAAAACUUUGCAGGAGAUUCUAGAGGCUAAGGAAGGCCAGGAAGGUGCCUCAAAUGUGACAGUGGUAAGUGAGAAUAGCAUGUCUAAUGACUGCAUGAUAACGGCUGCUGAAUCUAGCGCGGCGAACGCAAACGGAAUGAAAGAUGUAAGCAUAACGGAUAUUCCGAUGCCGGAUCAGUCGGACAGCUUGUCCCGAAUUCCAGAGUCGACAUCCAAAGAUACCGUAGAUACGUCCGUAGCGGUAGGCAGCACGUCUGACGAUAGUGCAAGCAAAGACUCACGAAUACCUGUGAUAUUGAAUAGUAAAAGCAGCGAAAGUGUCAAUCCAAGUGCCAGUCAGUCGACCGUAUCGGCACCGACUGCAGUAAUGGAACCGAAACCAGCGGUACUCGUUAAACCAAAAAGUCUCACCAAUCUACCGAUGCCACCGGGGGUAAAUGUAGCCGAAUUGGUGGGUGCACAGACGCCUAGCCCCCCACGGCAAAUUAGCCCAGUAGCUGGGGCUCAGAUGAAGGUGAUGCCCAUUCCGACCCUCACGACGACGGGAGCUAUUACAACGUCUAACCUCAACAGCAACAAUAGUCAUCAUCUCCACCAUCAUCCUCAUCAUCACCACAAGAGCAACAGCAGCAGCAGUAGUAGCAAGCGAAGUAGCAAUGAACACAAAACUUCCUCCUCGUCGAGCACGUCAUCAGCACCUUCGAGUUCGUCCGUCAAGAAGGGCUUGCUGAAUUUACCUAUGCCACCGAUGGUUCCUGGUUCGGAAGACCUGAGUGGAGACGAUGACAUCGGAUCACCACCACCCCUGUCGGACACGCCGACAAAGAAAUCCAGCAAGUAUGGAAAGUCUAGCAAGAAGCCCAGAGGACGACCACGAAUAUUGACCAGGCGGUACUCAAGAAACAUGUCCGGUCCAAUGUCUGCGUCUGGUGGAAAAGAUUGGGGGGAACGAUGCGUUGAUGUGUUCGAUAUGAUCGAACAAAUCGGCGAAGGAACCUACGGACAGGUGUACAAAGCAAGAGAUCGCGAGACGAACGAACUGGUAGCUCUGAAAAAAGUUCGGUUGGAACACGAGAAAGAAGGAUUUCCCAUCACGGCUGUGCGAGAAAUCAAGAUUCUUCGCCAGUUAAACCACAAGAAUAUUGUUAACCUGCGUGAGAUUGUUACCGAUAAGCAAGAUGCUCUAGAGUUUCGCAUAGACAAGGGAUCUUUUUAUCUGGUGUUCGAGUACAUGGAUCACGAUCUGAUGGGACUGCUGGAAUCCGGGAUGGUGGAGUUUAACGAGCAGAACAAUGCAAGCAUCAUGCGGCAACUGCUGGAUGGACUGAAUUACUGCCACAAGAAGAAUUUUCUGCACCGAGACAUAAAGUGUUCCAAUAUUCUGAUGAACAAUAAGGGUGAGGUGAAGUUGGCAGAUUUCGGUUUAGCACGACUUUACAAUGCCGAUAAUCGAGAGCGACCAUACACCAACAAAGUGAUCACGCUGUGGUAUCGGCCCCCAGAGUUGCUGCUGGGCGAGGAACGAUACGGUACCGCAAUCGACGUGUGGAGUUGCGGUUGUAUUCUAGGAGAGCUAUUUCUCAAAAAACCGCUCUUCCAAGCCAAUCAGGAACCUGCUCAGCUGGAAAUGAUUGCCCGACUUUGCGGCACACCGACACCGGCCGUAUGGCCAAAUGUCAUUAAGCUACCGCUGUUUCAUACGCUGAAAGCCAAAAAGCAGUACCGGCGGAAAAUUCGGGAGGACUUCGUAUUUUUGCCGGCAUCCUGCCUGGACCUGCUGGAUAAGAUGUUGGAAUUGGAUCCGGAUAAGCGAAUAACGGCCGAGGCGGCACUCAAUUCAGCCUGGCUGAAGAACAUUGUACCCGAUCAGCUACCACCGCCGAAGCUACCAACUUGGCAGGAUUGUCACGAGCUUUGGAGCAAGAAACGACGAAGGCAACUACGCGAACAGCAAGAAUCAGCCGCCAAUUUACCACCGGGAAAACCGCCUACCCUACUCAAACCAUCCUGCGGAUCAGGGACUGCCGUCCGAAUGGGAUCCGUUCCACCCGGCGUCGGUGGUAGUGGCGCCGAAUUAGGCUAAGUAAAGGAAUGCGCAUUUGUGCUACAUUGUGUGACGGAUGGAUGCCUUUGUCCAUGGUUCAGCUACCGAAGUACCGCUGACAAUAAAGUGCCGCUGGCGGAAGAUGAUAAUGAUACUGUUGAUGAUGAGGAUGUCUAAAAUCGUUUCGGGAAGGUUGUCUUGCCCUCGCCACCUUCCUUAGCACUAAAGCUACCAGCAACAAAAUUUAGCUCUGUUUGACUGAGAAUUUGAACAAAUGCAGCACUAGACGGAACAGGCAUCGCAGCUGGAUCCUGUUCAAUUGGGAUGGAUGCUAGAUUCCGUUUCCUUGUCAUUUUUUUCUUAGAGGGAGGAAGAAACAAUAGACUUAAAAACAGUGGAAUCUACGAUUUUCUAUUUUUAUGAAAAAGAGAAAGAAAAUGUGGAGAGUAGGAAAAAUAGUGUAUAGAAAAUAAAGUUAGUAGACACCCUGUACUAAAUGUAAGUAUAUUGAAAAUGCUGAAGAGACAAAAUGAAUAAGAUGAGAAAGAAACUACGAAACAUGAGAUAGCGAGUAUAAAUUAAUUAUUGCAAAUAAUAAGGACUUAGGUGAACAACCUUAUCAACCUGUAAAUUUGUUAUUGAUUGAUGGUUAGUAUUUCGCAACAAAUCAUUUUCUUUUUGUUAUCAAGGAAUAAAUUUUACGAGUCGAUCUGAGUCAAAAGACUCUAAACGUCAACAUUCUCCAUUCAGUUUUCAGCUUCCCUUGUUUUGUAUAAUAAUGAAACGGUGACGUUAGGUUGUAUUGUUUGCUCGACAACAGUCCCAGGUAAAUGUGGAAUUUAGCCGGAUCCACCAAUCAACCGUGAGUUGGCAAUAUAAACAUGUCGAGUACAAACCUAGAACCUGACCAGGAUACAGCACUUGUGUAUAUUGAACUUCUUUCUUUCUCGGUGCGGUAGAGACUGAAAGUUUUGUACUAAAGAUUAUAAAACGGGAUGUACAGUGUACACAAAACAAACAAAAACAUGGAUUUCGGUAGGUGCAUUCACAUUAAGCUACGCAAGGCACGUGAAACACGAACAGAAACCAAGUAAAACAACUCUGUUGGUGUAAGCUAACGGUUUGCAGGAGAAACUAUAAGUGGAUGGAUGCCAAUUUAUAAAUAAAAAUGAUAAAACUCUUUGACCAAA